GAAGCCACAUAUCUCUUUACAUAUGAGAAAUAAUUAUGGUGGCUAUGCAAGAUUAUUCAGAUAUUUUAAACUAAGUGAUCAUGAAGAAUUCUUUUACAAGGAUGUCAGUGGAACAAUUUAACAGUUUACAUGAUCUCUUAAAGCCAAAGCUGCAAAAGAAAAGUCGCAGAGAGCCUUUAUCAGCAGAAACUUGUGUUGCUGCGACAUUAAAUUUCUUAGCCCAUGGAGAUAGCAUUAUGAGUACAGCACAUUUAUUUCGUAUAGGAAGAUCAACAUUAUAUAGUAUUAUACCUGAAGUAUGCAAAGCCAUUUGGGAAGUUUUACAACCAUUAUAUCUGCAAUGUCCACGUAACGAAGAAGAAUGGUUAAAAAUAGCUGACAAAUUUUAUAAUAUCUGGAACUUUUCUAACUGCAUAGGAGCAGUUGAUGGUAAACACUGUCGCAUUCAAGCUCCAGCACAUUCUGAUAGUAUGUUCCAUAAUUAUAAAGGCUACUUCAGCUUUAUAUUAAUGGGCCUUGUAGAUGCACGAUAUCGUUUUAUCUGGGUGGAUACUGGAAAUUAUGUUUCUCUUAAUGAUGCUGGUAUUUGGUCCAGCACAGACAUGUGUCAUGCUUUAGAAAACAAUACAAUUUCAAUACCACAAGCACGUCCUAUACCCUAUGCAAACAUUAUACUACCAUUUUGUAUGGCUGGUGACGAGGGUUUCCCUCUUAAAACUUAUUUAAUGCGUCCGUAUGCAAAACGAAACUUGUUAGGCAAUGAGCAGAAAGUGUUUAAUUAUAGAUUAUCAAGGGCACGCCGAAUUGUAGAAAAUGCUUUUGGUAUUCUUACCUCAAGAUGGAGAAUUUUACGAACGCCCAUAAGUUUAAAAGUAGACACUGCAGAAACAAUAAUACAAGCUGUGACUUGUUUGCAUAAUUUUAUUAUAACUACAGCAUCGAAUAACAAUUUAUAUAUACAGCCUGGUAUCGCAGAUAGAGAAGAAUUUAAUGGAAAUAUAAUACCUGGAAAUUGGCGAAAUUUAGCAACAAACAACGAAUGUAUGAUUAAUUUGGGACGAGUUGGUGCAAAUAUUGGCGCAGUUACUAUGAGACAACGUGACAUUUUAGCUCGUUAUUUUAUGUCUGAAGAAGGAAGCAUAUCGUUUCAAUGGCAACAUAUUUAA